AUGAUGUGAGGAGGAAAUCUGAACAGGAAAUUUUUUUGGUCGAAAAAAAUUGGGACUAAAAAAAUUAAGAACUAGAUGUAGUUUUUUUGAGCUGAUCUUGGAUAAGAUAAUUUUAAAAAAAUUAAAAAUUUCAUUUCGAUUGAUUAAUAAAAAAAUGUUAGGAUAUAGAUUUUUUUCAGAUUGAAAGGUUUCCUGGGGUUCGAGUCAUAGGAAAGGUCAUUAAAAAAUUGAAUUUUUUUAAAAAAAUUUCUUAGAAAGCUCAUUUUGGUCACUGGAUUGCGCAAAAUCGUAUAAUCACAACUUUUUUUUUUGAGCAAUUUUGAGUCAAAAUAGGAAUUUUGAUAGCUUUUGAUGGACCAUUCUCAGCUUGAAGAGGCUUUAAAGAAAUAAUUUUUCUGGCUUUUUUUUUGCAAUUUCUGAGCUCAUAUUCUGGAUCAGCGUGAAGAAAAUUCAAUUGAUUAUCAUAUUCAGAAAACGAUUUUAAUUAAUGCCCCUUGAAAAAGUCUCAUUUCCGUGUUCAGAAUCGACGUGGACGGAUUAUCGGUCCUUUUCCCCUACGAUUAUGUAUAUCCAGAACAAGUUUUGUACAUGCAGGAGCUAAAAAAAGCUCUCGAUGCAAAAGUAAAUAACAAGAAAAUAAUAAAAAUCAACUUUGAUAUGACUUCCAGGGCCAUGGGCUCCUGGAAAUGCCUUCAGGAACCGGAAAAACUGUCACUUUGCUCAGUCUUGUGAUGGCCUAUAUGCUCCAGUACCCAGAGAAGUUAGGUGGGGUCUCGUUGGAUUUGAAGUGAUUAAAAAAAUUCGUAUACAUCCUGAAAAUAAUCAAUUUUUUUGAUCGAAAUUGAAAUAAAGUUACAGAAUGUCUCUCAAUUCUCUUUCUCCUCAUUUUUUUGAUUUUUUUACUUAUUUUCUUUAAAAAAAUAUUAUUAAUUAUCUAUAAAUCUUCAGAAAAAAAUCACCUUCUUUAAAAAUUUGAGUCCUUUUAAAAAAAUAACUAUUUUUGGAAGAAAAAAAUCUUUUUUUACUUCAUUUUUUUGAAAAAGAUCUUUUUUUUACUGUAAUAAUCACGUUUUUCUUACUGGAGAUUUCAAAGGACAAUCUUUCAAUUUUUUUCAAGAAUUUUUUUAAGGUUUUUUUCGUGUUUUUACUAUAGUUUGCUCCUCCAGAAACUGGUAAUCCAAGAAAAAAAAAUCCACAAUUCUUGUUUUAGAUCUCAAAUCCGACUUUUUCCUGAAAUAACUCUUGACUUUUCCUCUGUUCCUAGAUGGUAUUUUCCUUCAGAUAAACUUGUAUAUUGCUCGAGAACGAUCCCCGAAAUUGAAAAAUGCGUGGAAGAGAUGCGAGUUUUGUACGACUACUACGAGAAGGAAACUGGGAAAAAGAUCCCGAAACUGACGAUCGCCAUGUCCGCCAGGAAGAACCUGUGCAUCAACGAGAGCGUCGCUCAGCUCCGGCAAGGUAACAAAUAUUUUUUUAAAUGAGAUUUGUUGAUAAAAGAAACCAAGAAUCGUCAAUUUUUUCCAAAAAAAUACCCUUACCUGUACUCAAUUUUAAAGGCUCAAACUCACUUUCUUUAUUUCAUGUUCCUUUGCCAAAAAAAAAUCCUUGCAAGGAAUAUCGAAUAAGACUUAAUCAUUUUAUUGAUGAAUUAAAAAUACUGUAAAUUAAUAUUUUUAACCCUAAAAAGUUCCCUCGGAUCUAGAACUGAAAAAUAAUACAUUAUAAAAACUAAAAAAAUUACUCAAACCUUGGAGAAACAUUAGUGAAAAACUCAUUUAAAGGCAGCAGUUCGUUUUUCAAAGUUUUAGGGUCGUAUCUGAACUGAAAUUCGAAGCUUGAUCCAAGCAUGAAUCGUUUGGAAGAUUAUCAUUGAUAUAUUUGAGCUAUGCUGAUAAAUGACUAGAAAAAGAGGGAGUUCCAACCUUAUUGACAUAUAAUAUCUUCUUCUUUUUCUUCCCACGUAUUUGUAACGCUUGAGCAGUCCUAACUCGAUGAGACAAGGUCUUAUCCGGUGAUCAGUGAUGUCUCACGUGACAUAUAGGCCAUUCCGAGCCAGCUUGUCACGUUUUUCUUUCCGCCAAAAGGCCAGGUCAAAUUUAACCAACUUUGGCUUCAAGACCGUUGUUUCUUGCCGUUAUAAAAGCAGAAAUUUGAUCCAAUUUGGUAUACGGUCUUUUUAGCGGGGGAAAAAAAAAGGUGACAAGCUGGCGCGGAAUAGACUAUAUCUGUCUUUGUAAUGGGAUGUCGGGUUUUGAAGCCGUUGUUUUACCCACCACCAAAACGUCUCAAACACCUUGGUUGGGUCGCGGCGGGGACCGAACUUGUGACCCUUUGACCGUAGACAGGCGCAAAACCUGUUGCGCUACACAGCAGAAAAAAUCUCAUCAAAACUUUCCAGGAAGUUCUGUGGACGGCGCCUGUCAGAAGCUGACGGCCUCGUUCGUUCGAGCUCGUCGGAAACUCGUCGACGAAUCCAUCGCUUCUUGCGAAUAUUUCGAGAAUCUUGAUGCACAAUCUCAUCAUUUUUCUGUCCCGGAUGGCGUUUGGAACUUGGUUAGAAUAUUUUCGAAAUUCAAGGAGUUUGUUUCAAGUCUUCUGAAAGUUUUUUCAUUAUCAGGAUAAUUUUUUCAUUCAAAACGAGGGGCUUUUCGUUUGAAUCUCGUUUCGAUUACUUCAAAACUUUUUUCUUUUCGUAUCAAUUUUCGGCUUUUCUUGAUUGAACAGCUUUUUUUGUUAUCAGUGAAUUCAGUCAUUUUCAAUUUUUGGAAUAGAUUCUAUCAUUGUCAAGUUUGAUGGAAAGAUAAUUUUAUCAGAAGAAAAAUUUCGAAAUUGGGAUAUAUUCGGCCUAAACUUUGCUUUUACUUUUAAAUCAUCACAUUACUGUAUCUCAGAUUGUUUUAAACUCUAUGGAAGAACAUUUUUGUUUCGAUAAUGUUUGUGCCAUUCUUUUGAAAAAUUUCAUUAUAAAGUAAGGAACACGUUCGGGACACCCCAAGACCGUAAUUGAGGAAAAUGGCGAAAAAAUUAAAUGAAAAAUUUUUUUCGAAUUCCGUGUUCAAAGUGAUUUUUGACGAAUUCAAAAUUAUCUCUGAAUUCACAAAUUUUUUUUGCCACAUUUAUCACUCUCUGACAGCUAUUUAGAGUUUCGCGGAAUAAUUUGGAACAUGGAAUAUUUUUUUCCAAACUGUGAUAUCUAAAUCUCUCAGAAUGACCUCAAGAACAUGGGACGAGAACGGAAAAUCUGCCCUUAUUUCGUCACUCGACAGGCGAUCAACAACGCCCACAUCGUCGUUUAUUCCUAUCACUAUAUCUUGGAUCCCAAAAUCGCGGAACUCGUCUCGAAAGACUUUAGUAGAAGGUCUUGAACCUCUUCUUUUUUGAAGAAAAUAGAUAUUUUAGAACUUGCGUCGUUUUUGAUGAAGCUCACAAUAUCGACAAUGUCUGCAUCGAAUCGAUGUCUAUCGCCAUUUCUUUGGUUUGAAAAUAUUUUCCGUCGAAGCCAGAGUGGUCACUAUAGAGUUUAGGAAAAAAAUAGUCCCUGAAGAGGCCCCCCCUCCCCCAUAUGGGUGAAAGUUAGAUCGUCCCUUCUGGAAUUUAGGGUCUGAUCCCUGAGCCCCUAAAGCUCAAGUAGUCCCUAUAGGGUCUUUUAAACUUUGUUCAGAUUCGAAAGUUAGAAAAACAAACUUGUUAUCUUCCUAUGAUGAUAUUUUUUUGUUGAAAAGGCUCUAAUUUUUUGAGUUUGCGCAUGGAAAUGCUUCUUCUUAUAAAGUUCAUAACAACAAUCAACUAACAUAUCCCCUAUAAGGACCACUCUGGAGCUCCUAGAAGUUCAAAAAUAAUUCCGACGGUUCAGAAAAACGCGGAAAGAGCCGGCCAGGAGCUGACGAAACUGGAAACUGUCGUGGCGAGAACGAAAAGAGAAAACGGGGAAAGACUUCAGCAAGAGUAUGAGAAGCUCGUCGAGGGCCUGAGAAAGUGGGAAGAUUUUCAUCUCUUAAAUGCUCAAGUAAUUUCCAAAAAAUUGAAAUUUAUCUCUGAAUCUCCAAAAAUUAUUUAUUAUUUUGACUCUCCGACGGAUAUUUAUGAAUAUAGCGGCAUCAUUCUGAACACGGCUUGAAUUCGAAAAAAAUGGAAUAAUGUUUAAUGGUCAGACUUAAGCAAAGUAGAUUAUGACAAAAAGUUUAACUUUUUAAAAACCGUAAAGUUAGUGAAAAAUUGAAGUUUCCAUUUCGAAGUCGUUUCGGGUCUCUGGAAUAGGCUUUUUUUAAAUUGAUUUAUUUUUUUGUAGCUACUUUCACAUUGAGCGAGCUAUAAUAUGAAACUAUACAAAUAAAUGUCCACAAGAAUUAUUUUUUUCAAGAGGCUCAAGAAUUUAAAUUACCAUCCUUCAUAGAUGCUUUUUUUCAAAUUUUGCGUUAUAGGACUCCCUAAGGUAGCAAAAAGUGUUCUAUUUUCCUUUAAAUGAAAAAUCUUAAAAUUUUUUAAUGUUUAGGAAGUCGUUGGCGAAAGUAAAAAUUUUUUACAAUUUCCGAAAAAACUUUUUUUCCUUUUAAUUGCGUUUUUAAAUGUUCACCGAAAUAGUUCAAAACUCGAUUUUGAAUAUCCUGAAAGUCUGUCGAAAAAGCUAAAAGAAUUUUUCCCAAUUACACUUAUAAAACUUUUUUAAAAAUGGAUUUGGCCGUCAAAUAUCAACAUUGAUUGAUAUCCCGACAAACAGAAUAGUCAAAAAAGAAAUUGUUUCUCUGAAGUUUUUUUUAGCGGAGAUUUUAUGUUUUUUUAUCAAUUUCAAAAAUAAUCCAUUAAGAACUGAGCGAGAAAGACUGAACGAUGAAAGACUGGCGAAUCCGGUCCUACCGGACGCGGUUCUGCAAGAAGCCGUGCCGGGAAACAUCCGUUCGGCCCAACAUUUCGUCCUCUUCAUGAAACGCCUCGUCGAGUAUAUCCGUCACAGACUUCGAUCUCAACAGGUUCCGCUCGAAAAUCACUCGGGAAAAAUAUCAAAAUCGGUUCCCAGGUCCUCAUCGAAAGCCCCGCUGCUUUCCUCAAAGAUAUCCAAGAUAAAAUGUGCAUCGAACGGCGUCCUUUGAGGUUUGAAUUGAAUCCCCAGUUUUGGUCAUGGUAUUCAUACUCAGAUUCUGCGCUGAAAGACUCUCGAACUUGGCAAAAACCUUGGAAAUGGCCGAUGGAGGCGAAGUUUGGGCCUUGUCCCAAGUCGCGACCUUCGCCACGCUCGUCAGCACUUAUUCCAAGGUUUGAUUUUGGGCUAGAAAUUUAAUUUUGAAACGAUGGAAUAAUGUAGUUUUCUCACCAGUUGCUUUCAUCUUUCCUCCAGAAUCCUACGAAAUUUUUUUGAAUGUUUUUCCGAUUCUUCUAAGAUCUGAAUCAGAAAACCUUGAUUGGUAGCUUUUUGAAAAUCUCUUCUAAACUCUUAAUAUUUCCUAUCAGCUUGUUCAUUUAUUUAUUCAUAGACAGAAAAAAACCAGAGAAUGGAAAGAUCUUUCUGAAUUCUUUUCAUGAUUUUUUAGGAUUUUGUUGAGGAUACUUUUUAGGAUAUUUUUUUCAUGAUUUUUUUUGAAAAACAGAAAAAUUUCGAUUGAUAGCUUUUUUUCAAUGAAAUCAUCCAAAAAGAAGUUUGAAAUUUGGAGAUUUGAUUUCAAAAAAAGUUAGUUUUAUAUUAAAAUAUAAAGAGUCAGCAUUUUGUGAGAAGUUUCAAAAAUUUUUCAGACUUCAAAGCUUUUUUUAGAUCUUUUUUUCUUUUUAAAGUCUACUCAAGUAAUGACGUAAACAACGAAAAAAUGCAAACUUGGGCCAUUCUUGAAACUGUAAACAGAGGUUUCAACAAAUGAAAAAAAGAACUGAUUUCUUUUGAAAUCGUCAUGUUUUCGAUUUUGUUUAAAAAAAUAAAUUCAAGCGGUUUUUUUAAAGUCGUGGACAUUUUGUAAUUGAAAGUUCUCCGAAAAAAGGAAAGCUCAAUUUUCGAAGAAGAUCUCACCAGAAGUUGUUCAAAAUCCAUGAGUUCUUGGGGAUUUGGGGUUUUUCUCAAUUAUCCGAAUUUCUUUUCCAAAUUAGUGUUGUUUUAUAAAAUUGAAUGAUUCCUAAGGCUUAUUCACAUCUGUUUUUUUUCAAUUUUUGGCUACUUUUGCGAUUAUUUGAACUUUCUCCUUGAAAAAUGUGGAUUUUAUGAAGUUUACUCAGUUCUGAAUUUUUUUUUUCUCUCAUUUUUUUGUGGUUUCUCUCCGCAAGUGUUCAAACUUCCUUCCGCAAAGAUGUCGAUCCCACGAAAAUACUUCUAGGGCUUCUCAAUAAUCGUUGAACCGGCUGAAGGAAGUCAAUCCGCCGUGGUAACUCUGUCCUGCCACGACGCCUCCAUCGCUAUUCGGCCAGUCAUUUCCCGGUUUCAAUCGGUUCUUAUCUUCUUUUUUUUCUCUCAUAAUAUUCUCUUUUAAGGUAAUCAUCACUUCCGGCACCCUCUCCCCCCUUGAAAUGUACCCUAAAGUGCUUGAUUUCGACCCGGCCGUCAUGGCUUCCUUCACGAUGACCUUGGCUCGGCCUUGUCUCAGCCCCUUGGUCGUCGCCCGAGGAAACGAUCAGGUAUAGGAAAAUGAAGUGAACUUCAGUAUCAGAACGUUGAAGGUCGCAAUGACGUCACGGUUCGAGCAGCGAAGCGAUGUCGCCGUCAUCAGAAACUACGGUAAUCUGGUGCUGGAAAUGGCGUCGUUGGUUCCGGACGGAAUGGUCGUCUUCUUCACGAGUUAUCUCUACAUGGAGAGCGUCAUCGGCGUCUGGUACGAGCAGGUUGGAAAUCGAUCCACUUUUCAACUGCGAAAAGCGUUAGUGGUCACUUAAGAGGUCCCUUAAGGACUACAUGGAAAGUUCACUAAAGUGGCCACUAGUACAUGAAAACCACCAUUUCCCGUCUUAGUGGUCACUCUACAUAGGCAAAGUCGGAAGGACCCUCCGAGGGUCCAUAAAGGACCAUAGAAAUGUUCCUUUUAGGGUGAUGAAGGCUCUCUUUUUGCUGCCUUUUUUGCUCCAUUUUCUCAGCCCUUAUGCACCAUUUUUGCUGCCUCUCCCUUUCUCCACCAUUUCUCGAGCCUUUAAAAUCCCAGAAAAAUGGAAGGCUCGAUAAAGGGAGUCUCUGUGCUGCCUUUCUGCGGCAUUUUUUGAGCCUCUCCCUUUUAGCAGCCAUUAUCCACCAUUCCGACUUUGCCCGAGUAGUAGUUUUUAGUGGCCUAGUAGUACCACUCAGACAUUAAUGAGGCUUAAAAGUUUUCUUAGAAUGACUAGGAAUUUUGAGCCGCAAAGAAAAUAGCUGCGAGCAAAUGCGCUCCAUUGCGAACUUACCUUUUUUUGCAGUUUUUCUUUUCUCUGUGAAAAACAGGGCCUAAUAGUGAUUAGAAUGAGAAAUUAUUCAAGAAUAUGAUGCGAAGAAGUUAGAAAAUCAAAAAUAAAAGAAAAAAGUCGGGUGGUAGUUCAAAAAAAAAAGGUUUGCGUUUGACAAAGGUAUUUUUUCCUGUACCUCGGUGAAAUUGUUUUUCCUGCUCAUAGAUAGAGAGAAUAUGAUCUUUUCUAGAAAAAUAGAUAGUCCAUAGAAGGAAAAGUAGUUUGUCUUGAAAAGAGUGACGUCAUAACAAGUUUCAACCUCAAAAUGGAUUUUUAAAAGAUAUCUUCUCUGCACGAAGGCUUCUUUUUUGUUUGGCUACUUUUCAGCAAUUUUUUCUGUGGUCAUUUUUUUCCCCUCUGACCUGAAAUCCAUAUUGUAAGGAUUGUCACUUUUCAAGCACAUCAUCGACGAGUUGAUGAAGUACAAGCUGCUGUUCAUCGAGACGAACGACGCGCUGGAGACGUCGGUCGCCUUGGAAAAGUACGUCGAGGCGUGCGACAGCGGCCGUGGCGCCUGUCUGUUCUCGGUGGCCAGGGGAAAAGUCUCGGAAGGAAUCGAUUUUAGUCAUCAUCUGGGUUCGUUAUUCCAACCUGUUCAGAACAGAUUCCUGAUUGGAAAAAUGUUUGAAGAGUCUGGAAGGUCAUUUUACUAUGUGGUUUCCCCUUUAGGAAAAUCAUUAGAAGUUCCGAAAAAAGGAAGAUGUUACAGGACGUUGUGUCAUCAUGCUCGGGAUUCCGUAUAUGUACACGGAAAGUCGAAUUUUGCGCGCACGAUUGGAAUACCUGAGAGAUCAGUUUGGCAUCAGGUGAGUCUGAAUGGACUAUUGCUGAAUUUUGUGGUGGAUGAAAAUUAAGCAUCGGAUUUUUAGAAGUAGGAAUAUUGCUGAAUUUUGAGGUGGAGGAAAAUUAAGCAUUGGAUUUUUAGUAGUAGGAAUAUUUCUGAAUUUUCAGAUGGACUUGAAUAAAAUAUUGUUGAAACUUUGUUUGUGUUCAGUCUUAGGAACGCCAGAGUGGUCAUUAGCGGGGUAACCUAAGAGACGAAAGAGUUUUUUUGAUGAAUAAUAAUAAUAAUUUAUUGACAGAUUCACUUGAAUCUAGAAAUGAGAGAAUACAUUUCACUAAUGGAAAAAUGAAGAAAUAAGAUUCAAGAAGGAGGGAGAAACAGUAGACUUGUUUUUUUCCUAUGUUUCCUUUGAUUCGCAAGUUGUUUUUGAUUUUAAUAUUUGUUCGAGCACUUUUUUUGAGAAGAAUAUUUCAUUUUUUUAUGUUUUGGGCAUAAAAUUUUGAUAUUUUUUUACAAUUUUCCUGGGUACAACUUCAAAAAUUUUGUUGAAGGAAAGGUUCUUCAUACGUGAAACGAUGCUCAACUGAAAAUUGAAUAAAAAUUUUUAGAAAAAUAUAAAGACAUUGUUCAAAGUUUUUGUUGGGUUCGAAACUGGCAGCUUUUUAUACAACAAAAGCUUCCUUCAAAAAUAAAAAUAAAACAUAGUUUUUAGAGAAAACGAUUUUUUGACUUUUGACGCGAUGCGGCACACGGCGCAGUGUAUGGGACGAGCUUUGCGUGGAAAAACGGAUUACGGACUGAUGAUCUUUGCCGAUAAGGUUUGAUUAAUGUUUCUGAAGAAGUUGAUACAACUGAUGGAUUUUGAAGAGAUUUUCGCGACAAGACAAACGGGGGAAACUGCCAAGAUGGAUGCAGGAAUAUCUCAACAAUGCGUCGACCAAUUUGAGUAUCGACGAGGCCGCUCAAGUUGCCAGGAAGUACGGUAUUCGAUUAAAUGUGAAAAACUGUAUAGUCGAUUCACGGUUAGCUUGGGGGCGUGGCCUGUCUGCGAUCUCCCUAAACCAGGCACUAUCUAUUUUGCUAUCGUGUCAGGACCUUUUUUUCAAUGUCUUCGAUCAGCUAUUGUCUACUUUUCCUGACUCGAAAGGAAAUAACCGAACACCCGCGGUUUCGAUGCGGUUUUUGGCGGGAAAUUUGAAUUCAAAUGCAAGAUCAUUUUAUAAUUAACACAUUUUGUUCAGAUACAAUAUGGUUUAAGGACCAAAAGGCUUUUUAUAGAGUUAGUUACAAAAAAAGGGGGAUGUGAGGUCGAAAAAUGACAAGUUGGGAAGUUUCGAUUUUCAAAAAGUUUGAAAAAUUAGAAUUUUACCUUUGCAUUUUUUCGUUGAAGCCGGCAUAUUCGUUAGAUAUUUUGAGCUAUGAAAACAGGUUUUCUAGACAUUUUUUUUUGUAAGCUUGCGUUUGAAUUUGCUUUUUCCGCCGAAAACCGCGUCGCGACCGCACCGCAAUAAGUUAUUAUAGUAAGAGUGUUUGAAUGAUCUUCAAAUUUAGUUAAAGUCGACAGAAAAAAUAGAAGAAAAAUACAGUGUAACGAAUAAGAUUUAGAUGGCUGACUUUAAUGGCCCAGCCUUUCACGAAAUCUGACCAACUCGGGGUUUCCCUUCUGACCGCCGAAAUGAUCGACGCGGCCUCAUUGAAGAAGUUCGGCAAAGUCGUCGAACACGUUGAUUAA